AGUAAUUCAUUUGCGUUUCAGAUCAAUGAGCGGACGAGUCUCAACUCCGUGAAGCAUGUACGCCUGCACUCUGUUUCCAAUCAUCUGCCUGUUCCUAACAGUCGCAGACGGUAUCCCUGUGAAUAAUGGAAUUGGAAUGCCAUUGCCGUUUAAGGAGGAAGUGUUACUAGAUUACAAUGGAGAUGUAUCCUACAUGCCGAAUGGUUACCACAACUUUAUACCACAAUAUGGGAACAGCUACCCCACAAACAAUAACCAUGGAAACCAGAAUUACAUGUAUCAGCAAGCAUCAAGAGACUUUAUCACUAGUCACUACCAAUCUCAGCAAUACGGCCAUAAAGCUCACCGGCCCACAGACGAUUAUCUAUAUCAAGAUUAUUUGAACAAACCCUAUGGUGAGCCUAACAGGAUUGUACCUCGCGACACUACUUAUAAACAGACUGGAGGUCAGAAGGUAAAAAAUGGCAUGGAAUACAAUAAACAUUCGUCUUAUGCCAACUACGCUUCCCAUGGCCUAAAUGCAAAAUCGGUCACGAGAUUUGGGACACCACAGAAGAAGAAAUUCUACUGGCCAUAUUAUCCCUACAGUGCCAGUGAUUAUGGCAAUCCUUUAUAUGUCCCUGGUAAUGAAUAUAAACAGGACACUCACAAAACCUACCAUGAGAGAACGGAGUAUCGUGGUACCGGGAAAUCUAAUGGCAUUAUGAAUUCUGGGAAAUUACAAGACGGCUACGGAGCCCGGAUGAUAAGAGAGAAAAUCUAAAAUAAAAAAAAGUAUUGAUUUAUACAUGAAUAUGAACGCACUUCAUCAUUGUUUUGAAUUUUUUUCUUCAUUAAAUAUAGCAAUAACCUAAAA